AUGUCGAGAGCAGAGGCUAUGAGUUCAGGUAACCUUGUUAUAGGUCAUUGUAUGAUAGCUAGAAAAGCUUGUUGUGUGCUAUAUGACUAUGGAGCGACACACUCAUUUGUGUCAGAUGCAUGUGUGAAAAAGUUGUGUCUGCCGAUGUGCGAGAUACAGUGUGAACUUGUGGUGUCUACUCCGGUGUCGGGUUUGGUUAGGACAUCAUCUUUGUGUGCGAGGUAUCCGGUGGAGGUAGAGGGACGCAGGUAUAAAGUGAAUUUGAUCUGCUUACCUCUACAGGAAUUGGAAGUGAUCUUUGGGAUGAAUUGGCUCUCUGCCAAUCACAUUCUUAUAGAUUGCCGCAAGAAAAAGUUGUUAUUUCCCAACUCAGAGGAACUUGAGUUGUUAACAUCUCACGGGGUUAUGAAAGAGCUAUAG